AUGUUCAGAGUUAAGGAUCUACGCCUCUCGCCGGAGACCUUCGACGAUCCCAUCUUUGCAUUCCAUCUUCGUUGCUUUCGAUGGUACGGGUAUGUGGCAUCCACGGAUCAACGGAGGCCUUGGUUUAGCCUCUGCCGUGGCAUAUUUUUCACCGCCUCCCUCUGGCUGGGUUGCGCUUUAAUGCUGGUCCGGGUUUUUCGGGGUUACGAGAACCUCAAUGAUGGGGCCACAAGUUGGGCCACUGCCGUCCAGUAUGUUGCGAUGUCCAUUGCCACUUUUAAUGCCUACGUGCAAAGGGGCAGAGUAGUUCAUCUUUUGCGAGUGGCCAACGCGGAUCUCCAGAACCUACUAUCCGAAGCUGAUGAUCGGGAGAUGGAACUGGUGGUUGAAACGCAGGUUUAUACGAGAAACAUCACCUUGGCCCUGUGGGUGCCUUCGAUAUUUGCUGGAUCGAUGGCCUAUUUGGACUGCAUCUACAGGACUUUCUUUCUACCGAAAUCGGUGUUCAAUGUUCCGGCGGUGCGACGAGGUGAAGAGCAACCCAUUCUGAUGUUCCAACUGUAUCCCUUUGGAGAGCUGAUCGACAAUUUCGUGAUCAGAUAUUUUGGAGCUUGGUACGUUCUGGCUCUCGGCAUCGGAGUCAUCCCAUUGUGGCAUACCUUUAUCACUUGCUUAAUGAAGUACGUAAACCUCAAGCUGCAGGUACUCAACAAGCGGGUUGAGGAGAUGGAUAUAACACGUCUUAAUCCAUAUUUGGAUAUAGAUCGUCUAUCUCCUUCUGAGCUAACCUACUGGAGAAUGCAACUCUUCAAGGAAUUCAUAGAGGAGCAGAUAAGGAUUCGGAAAUAUGUCAAGGAGCUACAGCAGCUGAUCUGCGUGCCAGUAAUGGCAGAUUUUAUUAUCUUUUCGAUUCCCAUGUGCUUUCUCUUUUUUGCAUUGGCCGUUGGCGUUCCCGGCAAGAUGGAUUACUUCUUCAUGUUUAUUUAUAUUUUUGUAAUGGCGGGUAUACUGUGGUUGUACCACUGGCAUGCCACAUUAAUUGUUGAAUGUCACGAUGAAUUGUCCAUUGCGUACUUUUCGUGUGGAUGGUACAACUUCGAAGUAUCUUUGCAACGGACGGUGCUCUUUGUGAUGAUGCAUGCCCAGCGGCCGAUGAAGAUGCGCGCUUUGCUGGUCGAACUGAAUCUGACCACUUUUAUAGACAUUAUGCGUGGGGCCUACAGCUACUUCAAUCUGCUGCGUAGCUCCCACUAG